AAACAUCAUAUUAGUUCAAAAAUCGGCCGCACACGUCAAAGUAACUUUCGUACAAGUAAUUUGCUUAUAAAAAAAUGGCUGAAGGAAACGACGAAAACAUUUUGAAUUGCGUAAAAAAUUAUUUGGAAAGCGACAGAUCCUUGGGGCCGUUGAGGGGCCAGAUUCGAGAUGCGGUCACAUCUAUUUUGAGUAAGAAUUCGUCCGCCUUCAAACCGCCAGAAGUUCCUGAUGAAGUCAGAAUUGUCAAUGAGUUAAUCCGCGAAUAUCUAAAUUGGAAUGGGUACUAUUACACUGAGAAAAUGCUAUCGAAGGAGUCCGGACAAACCAACAGGAGACUUGACAGAAAUGAACUUACCGAUCAGUUGAACGUACUGGACGACGAGAGAACCGUGAAAAUUCCAAUAAUGUAUUACAUUGUUUCCUCCUUUCAAAAGUCGAUCGAGAAAAAGCCAAACAAGAAGUAAAUUUCAACAAAAUUAUCAUUUCUCUAACUACUACAGAUAUUUUAUCAUACUUAUGACUAUUAUAUUAUACUCUAUAUUAUAUUAGAUAAUAAAUAAAUGCUUAUAAA